AUUCUCCUCUCUUUCUUUACAUUUUUGCUACUGCAAAUUUUGGCCAGAACAAGCUAUAUAUCCAUUGUUAGAUAGUGACUUCGAGAAUCACCCAUCAUCUUCAUACUUCACAAGACAAUUCUUUUAUUCUUUCUUUCUUCUUCUCUUUAUUAUUAUUACUAUUAUUUUUUUAUUUUAUUUUUUUCCUCUCUUUAUUGGCGUUGUUUUUACUCUUAACAAAUUACUAGUAGCUAAUUGUCAUUGCCACCUGUUUGUAGCACUUUUACUCCAAAACAAAAUCCAUGCUUAGUUGUGUUGUAAUCCAUAAUUUGGAUUUUCUGUAUCUGAAUUAGCUUUUGCUCCACUUGUUGGUUCUUAAAACCAAAGUUUGUUACAAGAAGUAGGUGUUAGAUUUGUAUUUAUUAUUAUAAGUAUGAACCAACAAGAGAGCAACAAACAAAUAUAUCACCAGAGCAACAGCGGUUGCUUUUCUUUAUUGGAGUCUUCUUCAGUACUCUCUCAUCAAGCUGUUAUGUUCCCUGAAGAAGCUAGUGUUUCUUCAAUGGCUCAAAACAUCUCAAAUCAGCAACUGCAGCAGCCACAAAAGAUCAAGAAGAAGAGAAGCCUCCCUGGAAAUCCUGAUCCAGGUGCUGAAGUGAUUGCUUUAUCACCAAAGACCCUUUUAGCAACAAAUCGAUUUGUGUGUGAGAUCUGUAACAAGGGAUUUCAAAGGGAUCAAAAUCUUCAGCUUCAUAGGAGAGGUCAUAACCUUCCAUGGAAAUUGAAGCAAAGGAGCAGUAAAGAGAACAGAAAAAAAGCAUAUGUUUGCCCUGAGCCUACAUGUGUUCAUCACCAUCCUUCUAGGGCACUUGGUGACCUCACUGGAAUUAAGAAACAUUAUUGUAGAAAACACGGUGAGAAAAAAUGGAAGUGUGACAAGUGUUCCAAGAUUUAUGCUGUUCAGUCUGAUUGGAAGGCUCACUCUAAAACCUGUGGUACAAGAGAGUAUAGAUGUGACUGUGGAACCGUCUUCGCCAGGAAGGAUAGCUUUGUUACACACAGAGCAUUCUGCGAUGCUUUGGCUGAAGAAAGUGCCAGGGUCUCAGCAAACACAGCUCUAAUGCAUAGAGCCACCAUUGCCUCCACAAUCUCAAACUCAACCACCACCAUUGAACCCAAUUUCCAUCUCAACCAAUCAUCACUCUUCCCUUUUCCCACCAACCAACGCCAUUUCGCUAACCCUCCACCACCACCACCAACCACCGUUGUCUCACCGGUGACAACUCAUAUCACCCUCAACCCAUGGGAUCCACAACCACAAAUCCCCUUAAACCCUAACCCUACUAUUCAUGAAGAAAAUCAUAAUCAUAACCACAUUGUCCACCCUGUUCCUAUCAAGACUGAAUCCAUUUACACCCCAAUUUCAUCUUCGCUGCCAUUUUACCAAGAUCAUGAUCGUCAUCCAGUGUUUCACAAGAGUUCUUUCUCCAUCCCUACUCCCCCUCAACUCUCUGCUACAGCAUUGCUCCAGAAAGCAGCUAGUAUUGGUACACACUCGACUGUGAGUCACGGAAAUUCAACCAUGGCCCGCCUUAACAGAACCACUCUUGGUCACGUGACACCCAAGAUUAUGUCUCCAGAGGAUUAUCUAGGUUUUGGGUCGGAAAAUAUGUCGACCCAUUGGCAGAAAAGCGAAAAUCUGACUAGGGAUUUUCUAGGAUUAACAGGAGAUCAUGAUCAUAACGAGUCUUCAGCUAGUGGUAGUGGAAGCCUAAUGGCUAAUGGAAAUGGACGAAAUGGGGUGAUGUAUGGGAUGCAGGACUAUCAAGAAACAUUUUAUGAGCGUGACAAUUCAGUGUUGAAACAUCAUCCAUUGGGCUUUGGUUUUGCUGCAACAGGAACAUGGGGGAAUUGCUGAUGAAGGAAACUUGCUAUGAAUGGGUGAAUUUUCAAAGAUUCACUGUUGGAGUUUUAGGGAGAUAUCUCUAUCAUGAACAGAGAGAAGAAAGAGACUAGCAAGAAGAAGCAAUGAAAAAAGUAGAAAAAGAGGACAGAAAAAAAAGAAAAAAGACAAUGUAAAAAUAUCUUUUCCUUUCUCGUAUUUGCAGAACCGUUUUAUCAUUCUUGUUUUAGUUAAACCUUUUUUCGUGUUGGUAA